AUGGCUGGAAAUCAGCAGCCCACUUCAGUUGUGUUGAAUGAUGCAGCAGUCAUCGACGCCAAACCCUUGCGCACAUUGGCUCCCAUGUUCCCUGCACCGCUUGGGAUGCACACUUUUACCAUAAAAGGCUCACCUGCAGUUCUCUGUGUCACCCCAUUUGGACCAUAUGCUGGAGGUACUGAACUGGGAAUGCCUGGUGGUGUUCUGCCAACCUCUGCACUACUGUCCGCUCCUGCAGAUCCCAACCCGGUGCAACCAUAUAUGGUUCAUAUGAAUGGAGCUGCUAAUGCUAAUGGUCCUGCAGAUCCCAACCCGGUGCAACCAUAUAUGGUUCAUAUGAAUGGAGCUGCUAAUGCUAAUGGUACCACAACGGUCACCCCGGUGUUGCAAACUCCUCCAGCAGUCAGUACACAGGAAUCUGGUAAGAAGAAGAGGGGGAGGCCCAGGCGUGUGCAAGAUACUACUGUUCCUACGGCUCCUCCAGUUCAUUUGGUUCCUUCAGCUCCUCCAGAAGGUAAUAAUAUUGUUCUCCAGACACCCCCUUCAGCCGUCACACAGGAAUCUGGUAAGAAGAAGAGGGGACGACCCAGGCAUGUGCCAGAUGUUUCUGUCGUACCAACUCCUUCAGUGCCUAUAGUAGAUGGCGAACCUAUUUUUCAUACACCUCCUGCAUCUAGCGUACAUGAAUCUGUCACAAAGAAAAGGGGGCGACCCAAGCUUGUGCAGGAUAGUUCAGAUACUUUAACUCCUCCAGUUCAUUCAAAAGAGAGUGAGCCCCUUAUGCAGGCUCCAUCUGCAGUCACCUUAUUGGAGGAUGGUAAAAGGAAGAGAGGGCGGCCGAAGCGUGUGCCUGAUAGUUCAGUGACUCCUUCAAGUCAUUCUGAAGAUGUUGAUAGUGGUGACACAUCAAAACGUGGACGGCCCAGGAAAAUUGACACAAGUCUGCUGCACCUGCCAUCUUUGUCUUCAGAUGAUCCUAGGGAAUCUGCAGAUAAUGUACUUGUUAUGUUUGAUGCACUGCGGCGACGGCUGGUGCAGCUGGAUGAAGCGAAGCAAGUAGCGAAGCAGCAGCAUAACUUGAAGGCUGGGAGUAUCAUGAUGAACGCUGAACUUCGCGUCAAUAAGAGCAAGAAGAUUGGAGAGGUUCCAGGUGUCGCGGUUGGUGACAUGUUCUACUUCAGAAUCGAGAUGUGCCUGGUAGGGUUAAAUAGUCAGAGCAUGGCAGGGAUAGAUUACAUGUCAGCUAAGUUUGGUAACGAGGAGGACCCUGUGGCCAUUAGUGUUGUGUCAGCUGGUGUGUAUGAGAAUACCGAAGAUGAUCUAGAUGUUCUGGUUUACACUGGACAUGGCAUGUCUGGUAAGGAUGACCAAAAGCUUGAGAGAGGUAAUCUUGCACUGGAGAGGAGUUUGUACAGAGGUAAUCCCAUUAGAGUUGUUCGCACUGUGAGAGACUUGACUUGUUCAACUGGUAAGAUAUACAUAUAUGAUGGCCUUUACAAGAUCAGAGAAGCCUGGAUGGAGAAAGGGAAAUCUGGGUUCAAAGUGUUUAAACACAAGUUACUGAGAGAACCUGGACAACCUGAUGGCAUUGCAGUUUGGAAGAAGACUGAAAAAUGGAGGGAAAAUCCAUCCUCUAGAGAUCAUGUUAUAUUGAACGACAUAUCAUAUGGUGUGGAAAGUAAGCCUGUCUGCCUUGUAAAUGAGGUCGAUGACGAGAAAGGUCCUAGCCACUUCAUCUAUACAACUAAACUUAACUACAUGAAUUCCCUGAGCUCAAUGAAAAAGAUGCAAGGCUGCAGAUGCAUAAGCGUAUGCCUACCUGGUCAUAACAACUGUUCUUGUACGCAUCAAAAUGCUGGCGACCUUCCUUACAGUGCUUCAGGCACACUUGUUAGUCGGAUGCCUAUGUUGUAUGAGUGCAAUGAUUCAUGCACUUGUGUACGUGAUUGCCGGAACCGGGUUGUGCAAAUUGGUAUCCAAAUCCACUUUGAAGUGUUUAAGACGGGAGAUCGAGGUUGGGGCCUCCGUAGUUGGGAUCCUAUCCGAGCAGGCGCAUUUAUCUGUGAAUAUGCAGAGGACGAUUACAUCUUUGAGACCCCUCCCUUGGAGCAGAACGUAAGAUGGAAAUAUGCACCAGAAUUACUGGGCGAACCUAGUCCUUCCGACUUAAAAGAACCAUCUAAGCAGCUGCCAAUAGUUAUUAGUGCAAAACGGACUGGCAACAUAGCUCGCUUUAUGAACCACAGCUGCUCACCUAAUGUUUUCUGGCAACCAGCUCUAUAUGAUCAUGGUGAUGAGGGAUAUCCACACAUCGCAUUCUUUGCACUUAAGCACAUUCCUCCAGUGACAGAGCUUACAUAUGAUUAUGGUCAGAGCCAAGAUAAUGCUGUCAUCUAUGGGUGUGAUGUUUUCCUGAGAUGUUGA